AUGUCUCCACAGAGAGUAAGCCAUUCGUCCAUCACUUCUGUUGCCAAAACUGUGCCGCUACUGACAACGUCAUCAAUAACAGUAACAGCCACAGCAACAUCAGCGGCAGCAGCAGCAGAAACAGCUUUAUCAUCUUUAUCAUCAGCAUUAUCAACAACAUCAACCUCCUCGCAGAGAACAACAGCAGCAACAAAGCAGCCUUACUCAUAUUCCACGAUGAUUCCAGUCGUUUCCAACCAUUUCCCUUGUUCACACCAAGGCGCAGAAGCCCAACAAGACUAUCGUUUUGAGGAUACCCAGCUUACAUACCAUUCAAAUCGUCAACGCAUACACAUACUCAAGACUCACGUGGAUUCAUUAUGCUUCUGGCCAGAGGGGGCUUCCAUGAUGGGUAUCCAAAUCCUAAAGACGAUUGAUGGGACAGCAAAAGAAGAUGUGUCUAUUUUCACUACUGGGAGCUAUGGAGAUAGUAAUGGCGGAGAUACAAAACAUCAUCCUCACAAAGGCUUUAGUCCACAAUGCUCUAUUCAGCACGAAAAAGCAUUCCCUCAUGAGAAGCAUCCCCACCAAUACCCUACAUUCAGCCCUCCUGCCCAGAGCAGCCUCCUCAAGCGCUCUUUUGGAAAACUUUUUAGGAAAGUAGUGAGCCCACUACCCCUUCUACAAUUUACCACAACUUCACCGCCAUCACUGCCACCACCGCCAUCACCACAACCUCGACAACUACGACCGGUACAAAUACCACCGCGCCCUCCUAGGCCCACAAGUCUAGAUGUAAACUUAUAUACAACGGCCAUACCAACAAAGGUAUUCCGUGAUGGCACUGUCUCACUUGUCGAUCGACGAAUGUAUCGUCGAGCAAAAGCUGUCCAUGGCAUCCGAAACCGAGCAGCUGACACCAGAGUUGAAACUGGGUUCGAUGGGGGAACUAUAAGGGGCGACGGCAUAAAAAAGUCAUCAAUACUGAGGUCCAUGGCCCAGGCCAUCUCUCAGGCAACAGCGAGGGCGAGUAGAGUGCUAACGUUGAAACGACAGCAGUCCUCAUACUCUCUUCGUCAAGUAUUUCCCUUUUCCACUACUUCUUUCUCUGUCUCAUCUUCAUCACCUAUGUCACCUUCAUCCCCUUCCGCUCCUUUGUUACCUGAAAGUACCAUCAGCCUUGAGAAUGAUAUUCAGGAUUUGGAAAAAGGCGCUGUCGCCGAAGAUACUGAUCUAGAUGAAAGUUAUGAUAUGGAAAUGUGUUGUCCGGUUUCAGUCAAAAAUAAGAGCAUAUUACGUAUAGGCACUAAAACGAUCCUGAAGAACGUAAGGCAAUCUCCAUGA